UCUUCACCACUGUAGUUUUUGUAAAGUUUGCAUUUUUAUCUCUCACUCUAUUAUUUGCUUGUCUCGUAGCAGAAAAAUGUCAGAGAAAGGAGGCAAAGGGCUCAAAUCCUCUCUCAAAUCCAAAGAUGGAGGGAAGGAUGGGAACUCAACAAACCCCAAGAAGGGUAGAAAAAUCCACUUUGAUCAACAAGGGACUCCAGCACCUAAUUAUAAGAUGCUCAACGGUUCUGAUCAACCAUUUCAGAGUUCUGCUCCUAAAGGUGGCAAAGGAGACAAACCUACCAAGUCUAGCAAAAGCUCUCUCCACUCGUUUGACCUCAAAGAUCUUCCUGAGAAUGCUGAAUGCAUGAUGGAUUGUGAAGCUUUUCAGAUAUUAGAUGGAAUUAAGGGACAUUUGGUUGGGUUGUCUGAAGACCCUUCCAUUAAAAUUCCUGUGUCGUAUCACAGAGCAGUGGCUUAUGUGGAGAGUUGUGUUCUUUACUCAAACCCUCAAUCUGUCAGACAAGCUCUUGAACCUCUGAAAACACAUGGUAUCUCUGAUGGCGAGAUGUGUAUGAUUGCAAAUGCUUCUCCAGAUACCGUGGAUGAAGUUCUUGCCUUUAUUCCAUCGCUGAAGGCUAAAAAAGAGGUGCUCAAUCAACCCCUACAAGACGCACUGGUGGAGCUAUCCAAACUGAAGAAAUCGGAAUGAUGAGCAGACGGCUGCAGUGAAUUGUUCAGUGCUAGGAGUAGUUUGCAGCUAAACUUGAAAAUGUAUUGGCGUCUUUGCCUUUCUCAAUAUUAACUAACCUGCGCAAUGGCAACUUUUGUCUAGUUUUCUUUGGCCAUUGGCACUUCUUUUAGUGUGAUUUAGUAUGUCGGUUUGGAAUCGUCUUUAUUUGUAGUUGACAAUAGCAUUUCGUGUCUGAAGACACCAACUUCUUUUACUUCGUAUGGCAAUCUUAUAUAUAUGACUUGAAUGCAA